CUAUGAAACGCUUGGAUGCCGGAGAACGAAAGGGAAAUACCCCGGGAAACAGAGGAAACAACUAGGCCCCCCUUUGGCUUCCCCAACACGAACCCGGAAAUCCGGCGCCCAACAUGCAGCUUGACAGCCCAACUUGUCGCUUCCGGCCAGAGCGCCUUCCCUAUUGGAUGGGAGGGCAGGAGGACAGUGACGUCAUCGGCGACAGCGCGCGAGGCAGGCGCGAGAGCGGCGCGAGGAGGCGCUGAGAGGCCGGCUUCUGCCCUUUAUUCCGCAGCCGUCCUCGAGAUGGAGGAGCUACAGAAAGAUUUGGAAGAGGUGAAAGAACUUUUGCAAAAGGCAUCACGAAAGAGACUCAAUGAUGUUUUGCUGUCAGAAAAGAUUAAGAUAGAGAAAGAAAUCAAGAGCCGGUCGCAAGUUAAACCGAAAGUGGAUGCGUCUGAAGAAAAACUACUACUCACAGGAUACACAGUCAAAAUCAAUAAUUAUGCUUGGGAUCAGUCAGACAAGUUUGUGAAAAUCUACAUCACUUUAAAUGGAGUUCAGCAUCUUCCAGCAGAAAAUGUGCAAGUCUGCUUCACAGAAAGCUCAUUUGAUCUCUUGGUAAAGAAUUUAAACAACAACAAUUACACCAUGACAUUCAACAACCUUCUGAAGCCCAUCUCUGUGGAAAACAGUUCACGGAAGGUCAAAACAGAUAUGAUUGUGAUAUUAUGUAAGAAGAAGAAAGAGGAAAAAUGGGAGUGUUUAACACAGGUUGAAAAAGAGACUAAAGAGAAAGAGAAGGCUUCCUAUGAUACAUCAGACCCCAGUGAAGGACUGAUGAACCUCCUCAAAAAGAUGUAUGCAGAUGGAGAUGAUGAAAUGAAGAGAUCCAUUAACAAAGCCUGGGUUGAGAGCAGAGAGAAGCAAGCAAAAGAUGAAAUGCCAAUAGAUAUCUGAAAAAAGCAAUGUGCUUACCAUCGCAAUGUGCUUUUUUCUCUUCAAGAUGCAAUGAAAGUGUUGUGUUUACAAAACGACCUUCAACACAAAGACUUUUAAGUUCAACAAUUCAGAAUAGAGAUGGGGAAAUAAAACAUGCUGCAAAGCAGUUUGUUCAAGUAUGUGAUUCAUACUCUUAAGGCUUUGGCUUUUUUUUUUUUUUGCAAACAGCCAAACAUUAAAUGAUUGUGGGUUGGGGUGGGGAGAUUAUUUGAAAAAUAACUGGCUUUUAUUUUUGCAUGAUUGUUCAUGGAUAUAAACCUGCAUAUAAAGCAUAUUUUAUUGUGGGAAUGGGAUAGAAUGUGAUGGGACGUUUCUAGGUCCAUUUACAUCGCUGCACCCCAAGAACUUCAAAUAGACUUUAUUUGGUCUUAAUAAAUUAAAUAACCUUGAA